AUGCCAACGGACAACGAGAUCAAGCUUCUCUACUUUGCAUCAAUUGGCGACGUGGCUCAAGUCCAAUAUUAUCUCAACCUACGCGUCAACGUCAACUGCACAGACCACAAUCUUCGGACGCCAUUACACUCCGCUGCUUCUGGAGGUCACGUGGAUGUCGUUCGCCUCUUGCUUGGAAAAGGCGCCAAGUUGGAAGCACUUGAUAAGGACGGGUUGACGCCACUGUACUACGCUGCUUCCAAUGGUAAAUUGGACGUCGUUCGCCUUUUGCUCGACAAAGGCGCCAAUGUGGAAGCGUGCGCCAAGGAUGGUCGAACGUCAUUGCACAACGCUGCUUCCAAGGGUCAAGUAGACUUUGUCUACUUCUUGCUUGAAAAAGGCGCGAACGUGGAGGCGUGUGACAAGAGUGACUCGACGCCAUUGCACGUAGCUGCUCCCAAGGGUCAUUUGGACGUCGUCCGCCUCCUGCUUGAGAAAGGCGCCAAGUUGGAAGCGUGCGACAAGAAAGGGUUGACGCCACUGUACUACGCUGCUUCUUAUGGGCAUUUGGAGAUCGUCCGCCUCUUGCUCGACAAAGGCGCCAAGUUGGAAGUGUCCGAUUCGGAUGGUCGAACGUCAUUGCUCAACGCUGCUUCCAAGGGUCAAGUGGAGAUCGUCCGCCUCCUGCUUGCAAAAGGCGCCAAUGCGGAAGCGUGCGACAAGAAUGGGUUGACGUCAUUGCACCAAGCUGCUUCCGAAGGUCAUUUGGACAUCGUUCGCCUCUUGCUCGACAAAGGCGCCAAGUUGGAAGCCUCCGAUUCGGCGUGUGCAACACCACUGCACCGUGCCGUUCAAGGCAACAAGUUGGAAAUUGUCAAUCUCCUCUUGGAAAAAGGCGCCAAAAUCGACGCCAAAACAACGUACCUCUUUGACGCAUUGCGCAACAAGCGUCUUCCUGACGCCGCGCGCAUUCUCAAGGACAACUUUAUCCACGUCAAUCUCCGUGACAGCUCGGAGACGCCGUUGCUGCACAGGGUCGUGAUAUCGCAGGAUCUAUCGCUACUUGAAAAGCUGCUUCAAAACCCAGACCUCGACAUCGAUGCCACCGACCCGACGAGCUGCACGGCCCUCGCAGUCGCGAUCACCACUGGCAACGUAAAGGCAGCCCUCGCGCUGCUCCAAGCGGGCGCAUCCGUCGAUUUUGUUGACAAGAAAGGCGAGACGGCGUGGCAUGUGGCGGCUGCGAAGGGGUACACGUCCAUCCUCACAAUGCUCCAACAAGUGACCACGGACGAGAUCGCCAUCGACAUCGCCAACCUCAAUGGGGAAUCACCCCUUUUUGUCGCUGCGACCGGUGGCCACGCCGAUGUUGUCCAAUGUCUCCUUCAUGGCCAUGCCAACCCCCGUGUCAUUUCCCACGAUGGAUCGGCGCUGCUGCACGCGGCCGCAAUGGGUGGUAGCAUGAGCGUCCUCCAUCAAAUCGUCCAGUGUGGCGUCAGCAUCGAAGCGUGUGAUGCGAUGGGGCAGACACCACUCCACAUCGCGGCGAAGAAGGCCCACGACAGUGUGGUCAAGUAUCUCUUGGACGACGACGCCAAUGUCUUUACCAAAGACAAGACCGGCAAGACGCCGUUGAUGUUAGCGACCCACCCCCUCGUCAUCAACACCCUGCUACAGGCAGAAAAGUCGACCAAGCAAAAGGUCCCUGAGCUCUCCGAGACCAUGCUAGACAUCAUCAUCGCGCGUGUCUGCGACUCGGAGGCGACGCUACGCAAACUCGUCCAGCGGGUUUGCGACCGCCUCGACGUCGGUCACGCCUCGGUGGAUCGACCCAAGGGCACACACAGCGCCAACGUGCGUGUCCAAGCUGUAUGCAAGAAUGACGCUAGCCACGAGCUGCUGGCCGACGAGUGUCAAUUCAACACUGCGAACGAGGCGGGCGACGCACCUCUGCAUCUCGCUGUUCAAGCCAACGAUCACAAGAAAUUGGCGGCGCUCUUGCGAUCGCCCGGCAUCAACGUCGACGUCCGCAAUGCGGCGGACGUGACGCCGGUGACUCUAGCCAUGCAAAUGGGCCACCGACGCCUUGCCGCGAUGCUUCAGACAGCCGCGCACCGUGUCAUCCCCAGCGUGCCAGCGACGGACAUCGAGAUGGACAAAUCUAGUCCAAUCUAUGGUGCGGUGUACAAGGGCACGUACAAGGGCCGUGUCGCCGCCAUCAAAACGCCUGUCGACGAAUCCUCCGCCCAAGCAAUCAUCCAUGAGAUGGGGACCAUGCAGCAGUGCAACUCGCCGUACGUGCAGCAGCUGCUCGCCGUCUCAAAUGUCAACACAUCGAGUCCCAAGCUUAUUCUCGAGUACAUGGACAGCGGUGAUUUGCGCAGCUACCUCGACCCCAAGCGACUUGGUCAACCCACCAAGGUCGACGUCUCACCACUGCAAGUCGCGUGGGUGCUGGCGAAUGCGCUCGCUGAUUUGCACCACAACGGCGUCUUCCACCACGACCUCGAGAGCUACAACGUCCUCCUCUCCUCGACAAGCUACAUUAAAGUCGCAAACCUCGGUUCUGGCCUCGAGUCGGACGCAACGACGGGCAAGAGCACACCGUACUGGACAGCGCCCGAAGUGCUUGCGUCGACGAGCAACUACAGCUUUGCGUCCGACAUUUACUCGUUUGGCGUCAUUUUGACCGAGCUGGAGACGCUUCAACUACCGUACUACGAUGCCAAGGGCCUUGGGUACUGGGGUAUCAUCGACGGCGUGCGUCUCGGCAACCUCCGUCCGACAGUAAGCGUCAACUGUCCGCCUUGGCUGCGAGCUCUCGCCGACGCCUGCAUGUCCUUUGACCCGACGCAGCGUCCGUCGGCACUGAUGAUUGUCGAGUCGCUUCAAAAGCUGCUCGGCCGCAGCGAAGAGGAGCUUUCAGCACUUCUCGUGCAGGGGCCAACGACCAAGUUAGCCGAGCCGCGUGCUGUGAGUAGCCCAGGGUCCAUCAUGUCGGACAAGAGCCCAGAGCCUUCGAUCGAGCCACUGACGAGCGUAAUGUCUAUCGACACCAAUGAAGAGGCGGCUGUCGUCGCGCCCGCGUCCUCCAUUGCACCUCUCGCAUCCCUGAGCACGGCGACGCAGUCGUCCCCUCGACGCUCGUGAGCACGCAAUUCAUGUGCCAGCUCUGUUGCACAUUCAACUCGCUUCUCCAGACGCACUGUGAGUCGUGUACCGAAGAGCUCGCUUCCGCUCCGGCCAAGCUCCAAGUCCUUUUGAAGCGCAUGGCCGUUGCCAAGAAGGAAGGAUGGGAGAUCUACGAAGGUCUCGUCUGCGUCUGCUGCGGCGCACCGCAAUCGAUGGAAGCGACAGCCUGUAGCGAAUGCAGCGAAGCCCUUCCCAACGACCAAGCAAAACUCAGCAUCCUUCUGCGACGCAUCGAGAAAUCGGCCAAGUCGACGGCGUAGCUCUUCGUGCUCGACUACAAUGCGUACAGCAACCCACAAUUGCACUCUACCAACUCGUAUCAACAACAACAAAACUCCAUUGCAUACAAC